AUGAAGUAUGGGGGAGUGGAAGCUUUUCCCAUAACAAAGGAACAGCUGGCGGAGAUUGAACGCGUUCAACGAGCAGCUACCCGUCUUGUUGCGGAUCUACGAGGACAUAGAUAUAACCAGCUUCUUGUCAUUACGGACUUGUACAUGGAGAGUUAUCGACGCCAUCGCGGUGACAUCCUGCGGACCAGGAAGAUUAUCCGCGGUAAUCUGGGGGAGGAGCUGAAAUACAAAUUUCCAUUACGCCAUGAUGCACGUACUCGUGGUCACCGUUUCAUGCUUCAGAAGCAGGAGUCAUACGGACUUCCGUCAGUGUACCACUGGGCUGCACUCCAGACUGCUGAUGUUCGCCUUCCUAUUCCAGAUCCGGUUGGUUUGGGCCUGAUGAAGGCUUGGGAUCUACACCCGCAAUGGACAAUCUGGCUCCGGCAAUCGUUUUUGGGCGCGGCUGUAUCCACCGCUUUGACUACAGGCGUCCGCAUUCCGGACCAGGUAGAGAAACGCACCCGCUGCCUCACCUACAAGGUGUUGUAA